ACGGCUCUUCUGCACAAGAUCGUACUCCUCUGCAUAAGCUAGACAUGCGCAUGUCGAUUUCCUCUUUUGCUGGAGGCGAUGAAUGGAGCGUGGAGCUAUGAUGGUGAAGCGUGGUUGCCAAGAUAACUGGACCAAUGAGGCGUUUUUAUAGACAGAUGUUUUCUUGGCACUCAUUCUCUCCACCACAAUCGUCUCAACCCACCUGUAAGCCUUGCAUGCCAGCCAUAUCUCUGUCACCGAAAUAUGGUUCUCGAAAUGCCCGUUUAUUUCCCUCUGCAGCAUCUGCCAUCUUCAGCUCUGCCAUAAAAAUAUUUCGUUCCUCAGUAAAAGUCAACAGCAAAUCGGAAGGUCAUGUAUUCACAAAGAGAGAGCCCGACCUUCCUGUAGCACAGACCAUCGCCUUUGCAAUCCUCAUUCCCGUGCUUGUUCUUCUAUCCGGAGUGUUCGCGGGACUAAUGCUUGGCUAUAUGAGUCUGGACGAGACUCAGCUACACGUGUUGAGUAUCAGCGGCACUCCGAAACAGAAGGAAUAUGCCAAGAAGAUCCAACCUAUUCGCAAGAAUGGUCAUUUACUUUUGAUCACUCUUAUUCUGGCGAACAUGAUCGUGAACGAGACGCUUCCUGUGAUCGCCGACCCAGUUCUUGGCGGUGGAAUUCCAAGUGUUGUUGUUAGUACGGCGCUCAUUGUGAUCUUCUCGGAAAUCAUCCCUCAAUCGAUAUGUACUCGCCAUGGUCUUGCAAUUGGUGCAAAGAUGGCUUGGUUCGUUCGGAUAUUGAUUUACGGUUUGGGUAUCGUUUCAUGGCCAGUCGCCAAAUUCAUGGAAUGGAUUCUAGGCGAACACCAUGGGAUUAUGUACCGCCGAGCAGAGCUCAAAGAGCUUAUUGCCUUGCACGCCACAACCGGUGAAUUAGGAGGCGACCUCAAAGCGGACACCGUCAACAUUAUCGGAGCGACUUUAGACUUACAGGAGAAGGUCGUCCGACAGGCCAUGACCCCAAUCGAUAAAGUUUUCAUGCUUAGCAUACAUGACAAACUAGAUCACGACACCAUGAAACGCAUUUACGACAGUGGUCAUUCUCGAGUACCCAUUUACGAAGAAGUAGGAGUACCGGUCAUCUCGGAACCUUCAGAGACAAAGAAAGGAGAUGACGACUUUCCAUUAAAGACCCAACGCGUGAAGAAGAUUCUCGGAUUAUUCAUGGUUAAACAGUGUUUGAUGUUGAACCCCAAAGAUGCCACACCUAUUCGUACUCUUCGUCUCCACGAUGUUCCAUUCGUGCCAAGCAACGAACCUCUUCUGAGAAUACUUGACCGCUUCCAAGAAGGUCGAUCACAUAUGGCCAUCGUCUCGCGCUUCAGCGUCGAAGAAGCCAUUAGCGUCAAGCAUGAAGUCAAGAAGGGGCUUCGCCGUCGUCUAAAGGAAAGAGUUGGCAUUGAUACCAGUGAUAGUAGCAGCAGCAGUGAAUCCUCUGAUGAAGAGAAUAUAGAGGCAGGCGACGAAGAUAAUGAUGCAACACUGAGAGGAGACUCGAAGCUGAAACGGCGCUGGAGAGGAUGGAAGGCUAAAAACGUUGAGAAGGAGGACGUGGAGAAAAGUGAGAAAGUUGAGGGCACGAAUACUGCUAAUGAGGAAGCAAAUGUACAAGAGAGCAAGGGGCCUAUGACAGUCACUUGGGAGCGGAUGACGAGCAUUGGUAGGGAGCAGACUUUGCCCGAUGAUGGCGUACCACCUAAAGAGGCCGUCAGAGAGUUCUUGGAAAGUUUUGAUCCAGCUGUCAUGCCCCUCGGUAUCAUCACACUAGAAGAUGUUCUAGAAGAAUUGAUCGGCGAGGAAAUCUAUGAUGAGUUCGAUGCUGAGAAUCAAGCAAGGUUGUCACACUACAACCCACCUUCGAAACAGAAGGAAUCUGUUGACGCGGACGAGAUUGUGGCACAGCUCGCUACUACAGCAGAUACGCAGCUUUCGACAUCGUCGAUGCCAAUGUCACCAGAUUUGUUUGGAGAGGCUGUGGAACGACGGCCUUCUCGAGGCCGUUCUCUCGGUGGUUCCAUCGGUAUCCUCAUUUCUCACAAGAAGAAGCCAGGUCCGAAUGAGGAUGGGAGACCAAUUAGCAAACGACAGAACUCUGGCCCACACUAGUCACUUUGUUCACGAAUACAAUAUUCCGCAACGUAUACCGAUACCCCUGAUAAUUCUUAUACUAUGAGUUAAUAUCC